UGGUCUGGUGACAAAUUUUCUACAUUUUCAUUGUAAAGUCGAGCUGCCAAUUCUUGCUUUGCGUGUCUAUCAUACAGAGGGAUAAAAAGUAGGAACAUUUAACCAGAGCAGAGCACUUUGUUCCUGCAAAACCUGAGUUCGUGUCUUACAGGAGGAUCUUGGAAGGGCUGAAUUGUGAAGAUUUCCUCAUUUAUUUCCUCAGGCGGGAGAACACUUGGAGAUUUCUUUUGUGAGCUGUGUAUUAUAAAAUUUUCAAAUUUUACGGCCGUGGGAAACGCUAACUGCUUCAAUCCAGGUCAGUGACAUUGCUGUGGAGAGGUCUCUUUAUAGUUCAUAUAAGGGUGGGACAGAAGGGUGUGGCAUGCCUGUUUUCUCUAUGAGCUGAUUUGUAGGUAAAAUAAGAGGAUCUGAGCUAGUCAACGGAAUCAGAGGUAAUCAAAAUUUAAAAUUCUAAGGGUUUCAGAGAGAGAGGAUAACAAUGGCUCCAAGCAAGCUCAGAAAAGUCAUGGGGACAGUUAAAGAUCAGACAAGCAUUGGGAUAGCAAAAGUAGUAAGCACCAGAGCCCCAGAUCUUGAUGUUGCUAUUGUCAAGGCCACAAGUCAUGAGGAGUUUCCCACUGAUGAGAAGUAUGUUAGGGAAAUUUUGCACCUAACUUCUUUUUCAAGGGGUUAUGUGAAUGCCUGUGUAGCAGGCCUGUCUAAGCGUCUUGCCAAAACACAUAACUGGGUAGUGGCUCUGAAAGCAGUGUGGCUCAUCCAUAGGUUAUUGCGUGAUGGUGAUCCAAGCUUUGAGCAUGAAGUACUUUAUGCAACAAGGCGUGGUGUUCGUUUAUUGAACUUAUCUGAUUUUAGAGAUGAUUCACAUUCCAAUGCUUGGGACUAUUCUGUCUUUGUACGCACAUAUGCUUUCUACCUGGAUGAGUGUCUUGAUUGUGCACUAAGUGACAAAAAACAGUUUGAUGGCAGGUCAAGCAAGGUGGAUACAACAGGAUAUAAUGGUUAUGAACAUAAUAAUGGAGAUUAUGGAAGUAAUGGAUACAAUAGCUACAGGUCUGGUCACAAUGAUUAUGAAGCACCCAGGCAAGAUGAAACUCAGCUUGAAAAUGGUCCACGAGUGGCAAUCCGAGAUAUGAAAUCAGAAAUGGUUUUUGAUAAGACACACUGCUGGCAGCGACUUUUGGAACGGUUCUUUGCCUGUCGUCCAACAGGCAUGGCAAAAAGCAACAGACUGGUUCAGGUUGCUCUGUAUCUGAUUGUGAAGGAGAGCUUUCAGCUUUAUGCUGACAUUUGUGAAGGGUUGGCCAUUCUAUUGGAUAGAUUUUUUGACAUGGAGUAUGAAUUUUGUGUCAAAGUAUUUGAUACUUAUUCAAGAGCAGCAAAGCAAGUUGAUGAACUAGCUUCCUUUUAUAACUUGUGUAAAAACAUGGGUGUUUGUAGAACAUCUGAAUAUCCAGAAGUACAGAAGGUUUCAGAGAAACUUCUUGAAACAUUAGAGGACUUUCUACGGGAAAAAUCAUCUUCUCGUACUCAAAGGCCCAAGAGUCCAGAACCACAGCCCAAUAAGCCACAAAGUCCUUCAAUAAAAUCAAAAGAACCAGAGGAGGAUUUGAAUCAUAUGAAAGCACUACCAGCUCCUGGGGAUGAUUUAGAGAAUGAACCUGAGGGACCACAGAUUUCAAAUCUGAAGCCUGAGGGGGAUUUAAUAAAUCUAGAUCAGGCCACAUUUACUUCUGAAGAACAGGAGAACAAGUUUGCUUUAGCUCUUUUUUCUAGUUCUGCAGAAUCAAUUACAACGAACAAAUGGGAGGCACUUCCUUCUGUGGAUAAGGAAUCUGAAUCUAGAGGGAGGGCUUCUGCGUGGGAUAAACAAUUAGGCGAAACUGGAAAGGCUGGUUGGGAGCUUGCUCUUCUGGAAUCAGCUAGUAAUCUAUCAAAACAACGAAGCUCAAUGCCUGGUGGUUUUGAUCACUUGGUCUUGGAAGGUUUGUAUGACCAAGCUGCAGCCCAACAGCAGUACAUGUCACAGCUUUCUGCACCUGGAAGUGCAAGCAGUGUUGCAGUGCUCAACCGGCACACAUCUUCAGUCUUGGCAUUGCCUGCUCCAUUUGCACAGAGUGGAGAGGAUCCGUUUGCUGCAUCAUUAAAUGUUGCUCCUCCUUCUUAUGUUCAAAUGUCAGAUAUGGUUAAAAAACAGCAGCUUCUAGUCCAAGAGCAGCAAGUGUGGCUACAGUAUGAGAAGGAUGGCAUGCAGGGACAACAUGGGAUCAUGAAGUUGUAUAGUAAUCCAUAUGGAAAGGCUGCACAAAACUCAUAUGGUAUAACUCCUUAUGGCAUGCCCCACUAUGGCAUGGGAGGAUACAUGCAAAGCUAUCCGACUACUUAUUGAACAUUUUUUUUAAGCACAAUUCAUUUUGCAGUAUUUGUUAAUCGUUGAUAGAGAUUGCCCAGAUCAAAUAGAUGGAGAUUUUGCGAAAGCCAAGGGGUAUUGCAUACCACAUUAGCUGGAUAGGUGCAAAUACAGAGGGUGGAAUUCGGUAACUUUGUGGUAUGAAAGAGAAAAAAUAGAAUCCUUAUAUGUCGCAUUUACCCUUCUGUGGAUCAGUUAUUUGACAUUGUUUACAUAUUAGCUGUAUCAUGCCUUUCUUAACCGUUGGGGAUAAGCAAGUUAAAGCAGAAAGGGUAUCAAAAUGGCUCAAUUCAUCGUGCAGACUGGAUUUUCUGAUUGCUGAGCUCUUAUGAUAGAUUAGACUAUUUUUUGAAGGGAGCAUAGGGAUUUGGUUCAUAGUGUGUUAUGAAUUUCCUCGUCUCUCUGUUCACACUCUUUUUAGUGUAAGAUUUUGUAACAUAUAAUUUGUAGCAUGCCUCUUACAGAUGCA